CGCGAGCCGCGGAGCUCGCGCGGCUGCUGAACGCGCGCGAGAGCUUCUGCACCACGAGCUCGUGCGACGGGAGGGUGAUGGUGACGGAGCGUUUUUGUAGCAGCACAAGAUUAAACCUCACCGAGCUGCCGAGCCACUUUAAUGGUUUCUGUCCAUCACCAGGACACAGACGGCACGGGCAUCCAGAAGAAGAACUGCACGUGGCUCCUGGUAACACAUGACCCGUGUGUCAAAGGCGAUGUGAUGACAGCACUGAAGAAAGCCACUGGGGAUGCUGUGUUCAAGUUUGAACCAUUUGUUCUUCACGUGCUGUGUCGAGAGCUGCAGGAUGCGCAGCUGCUGCAUUCAGUGGCUAUUGACUCUGGGUUCAGGAACUCUGGUAUUACAGUUGGCAGAGGAGGAAAAAUCACAAUGGCUGUGCGGAGCACUCACUGCUUAGAAGUUCCAUUGAGCCACAAAGGGAGAUUGAUGGUCUCUGAAGAAUAUAUUGAAUUUCUGGUACAUGUAGCCAAUCAGAAAAUGGAAGAAAACAUAAGGAGGAUUGACAGAUUCCACAAAGGCCUGGAGCUGGCUCUGGAAGCUGCUGUCCCCGCAGACACCUUGUUUCCCGAGGGGCCAGACAAGAGCCACUCUGUGUACGUGCAUAGAAGAAAGAGACGGACUGCUCGGGAACAGGCUGGUCCCAGCAGAGAGCUGGAACCCCAGGAUGAUACUGAAAGCAGUCUUGGUCUGUUGGCUGAAAUCAUGAUAUAGACUAAGACAUUUGAAAGCAAAUGGCGAACUGAAAAAGUUACUGUAAUGCUCUUUUUAAGAGAUUUAUGUUCUCCUGUGCUCCAAGUAGUAAUAUUCUCAUGGACAUAGACCAGAAAAAAAGGUAACUAACAGAAUAGUGAGCAGGACACAGAGAACAAAGCCAUAGAAUGUUUUGGGAGUUUUUAAAGUGUACUGUUAAAUUAACAAAGUGGUACUCCAUCAGUUAUCUUAGAAA